UACUCACUGCGUUCGUUGAAUGCACCGUCAAGAAGUGAAAGUCACUAAAAAUAAAAUGUUUCUUCUCCUACUGGAAUCUUGCGGAAAGCUCGGAGAUUCGUGAAAUUAGAAGUACACGACAAUAAACGACAUAAAAUUUUAAAAGACAAGAUUCAGGUGCUUUUCCGAGAAGAAGCUUGCGAAAUUAUGCAAAAUCUCCCCGAAAGCACGACUUCAUGCGCAUGCUGUAGGGUAUGGCAUUGACCAAUGUAUACGUCAUUCAACGAGACAAUUUUUGAAAUUUCGAAAGAUAAGGAAUUUUGGUGAGAAGUGACUAUAGAAACACCUCUUUGGUUGAGAUGGAAUCAAAUGAAGAAAUAUUGUUGUGUUCAAACACAGUGUUUACGGGCACUGAACGAUGUAUGGAUGCUUCUAAUGAUAGUUUUUAAAAUUGAAAACAGGAACAGUUCAAUCCUUUUCAAGAUGAGUGACGAUUCAUUUGAAAUACUAAAAACCUUAAUUCGUACAGUGUGAGCGAAAUUUCUUUGUCUGACAAGAGCGCAAUUUCACUUCGAAGCGAAAGCAUGUCGUGUCAAGGUGGUUCUACAGUUCAAAUAUUCGCGCUUUCAGCUCUACCACCGCCUUGGAAAGGGAAUGAAGAUACUCGUCUUUUUAUGUAUUUUGUGUUAUUUUGUUUCUAGUUGAGGUGUCGACGUAAGGAGACCAACACCGAAGAUUCUUGCACAUUUCUUGUUAAUCUUGCUAACAGUAUUGUAUAUCCUUUAUGUUAGAUGCUCAUAGAACUGUAUUGAAAUGCAAAAAGACGUGGAAUUCCACAUCAGGCAGAAUCACGAUUGGAGUAAAUUGCCUCAAAACAUAAAACAGCGACUGGGCAACUCCCAAAAGGAAUACAAGAAAUGCAUAACAUAUUUCAGUAUAAGGAAUCAACUUCGUUUCAGAGGAAGCUUAGUUCAGUAUGUGAGAAAGGAUGAAAAGAGAUAUUAUGAGGAGCUACUUGAGUUUUCCCAAUCACAUCUUAUGCUGUACCCAUACCAUUUAGCUGAUGUGAUGGUGAAAGGCCUACGUGUGACACCAUUUCAAUACUAUUUAAAUGUGAUGGGAUCAAUAAUGGAACAAGAGCGUUCAUAUGAUUCACUGCCAAAUUUCACUGCGGCUGAUUGUCUCCGCCUGCUUGGCAUUGGCCGAAAUGAGUAUAUAGAAUUAAUGAAUCAAUGUAGGUCUGGGCGUAAACUUUUCCGACGAAAAAAUGUGAAAGAUUUAUUGCCUUCUAAACCGAUUGACAUUACUAUGGAGAGUUGGUGGCAUGUUGAUGUUGGCUACAUCACAGAGGAAGAUAUUAAGAUGGUGUCAGAGCCUGAAGUUGCCAUGAUUGAUAAGAUUAUUGAUAUGGGAAGUCAACGAGCCGGGGAUUUGGAUUUCAAUCUAGUGCAUGCACUAUACAAGAAGGGCCUCAUAUACUUGGAUGUUCCUGUAGAUGACACAGAUUUCAUUGUUGUUCCUCCCCUAGAAGGAUUUGUGAUGAACAGAGUCCUUGGUGAUUAUUUUGAAGUAUUACUUUAUAAAAUAUUCGUAUCUAUUGAUGAGCACACUUCAGUAGGAGAGCUAGCAAGUGUCCUACAAAUUGAUGCUAAUCUUGUCAAGAAUGCUGUUUCCCUCUACUGUCGACUAGGUUUUGCAAGGAAAAAAGUAACUGAUUUAUGUAGUACGCCUAACCAUCUCUCAUGGAAGCAGGUUACUGCUGAAACAACAAAAAAGUUAGCUUCCCCCCCUGACGAACACCUUCUUCAGGAAAUCAAUGCAGCUCUUGCAGAAGCUGAUGCCUCAAGUGGUACUGAAGAAAGUGAAGCUACCCUUGCUCAGCCUCGUGCCAAACGAAUUGCUUUCCUGUUUGAUUCAACUCUGACAGCUUUUCUUAUGAUGGGGAAUUUAUCACCAGGGCUGAAAAACCAUGCAGUGACUAUGUUUGAAGUUGGAAAGUUGCCAGAUGAAUCUUUAGAUAGUUUUCUACUGGAAUUAGAAAAAGUUUCUGUGGAAGGGAGCGAGGGGGAAGGGGAAGCACAGCGUUACUUUGACCAUGCAGUUAUCCUACGAUCUACAAUAUUGUUUCUUCGACAAAAUCGUCGCUUAGACCUUGUGCGUUGCGAAUCACUCCUUUCACUGGAUUUUGCAACAUGCACUAGACUUCUCAACAAAAAUUAUGCUCUUCUUGUGUCUAUGGCUCCCCUGAGCCGUGAAAUCAGGCCAAUUACAAGUAUGGAGCCUCCUCAUUUGGGGCCAGCUAUUCCAGAAGUCAAUUCAGCUUGGUUCAAAUUAUUUUUGUAUCAGAAAACAGGAUAUGGUCCACCCUCUCUCCUUUUGGCCAAAGGUACAAGGCUGAAACGUAUGCCAUCAAUAUUUCGUAAUUUUGAUAAGGUUUUAGUAACCACAUGGGGUCAUGAUCCAGGUGUAUUACCUGUUGCAAAUAUUGUUGUAACUCUUAAUGAUGCUCUAUGUCACUCAUCUGUCUUAGUCCAGGCUUAUGGAGUUCUCAGAGGGGCUGAAACAGCUCUUGUUCCUUUUCCUUUCAAGUUAGCCUCAAAGGAGAUGCCUCUGGAUUGGCAGAGACAUCCAGCCAUAAUGAGAUUAUCAGAGCAUGUAGACUUAAAACACAACUGUGGUUUUGUGACCAUGGUAUACCUAGGCCCUCAUGAUAACAUUGGAAGAAAAAGAGAAGCUUUAAACCCAUUAAAAUCACCAAACCCAAUUGAAAGACAACAGAGUCCAGUGAAUGGUAUUACUAACCAAGAAUGUGCAAACAUACUGCGGGAAGAAGUUGAUAGUUUGAAACAAGAGGAUGGAUCCAAUAAUGCAGAAACUAAACAUUCAACACCAUCAUCUGAUGUUUCCUCAGAAUGUGUAAAUUCAGUCAAAAACAUGUCUGAUCAAAUUGCUGAUAAACUUAAACUUGACAUUCCUACCCAACAGUGUGAUUUAUCUGAGGGAUGUGAUGAAUGGACUCUAUUGGACUGUUGUUUUGGGGUUCCUCUCUUUGAUGUUGAGGCAAAUAAUCAAAUUUGCAAAUCCAUUACAAGUUGUGGAUUAUGGGAACAAGAAAGUUUGGAAAAUUUAAGAAUAAGUGGAGAAAAGCUGGGUGAAAGCCUUCUUGACUUUAUUAAACAAUUCCAAGAUGAUGUUCCAAAUAUUGGCUCUGAACCUCCGAUUGCACUUCCUACGCACAACCUGAUAUUCCACCAAGGAAAGAUUGAUUAUUGGAAUGGGAAAUGAUGUUUUUCAAAAGAUUUUACAAGAGACAAUCCUUCAAAAAUAUAUUAGGAUUUCAAGUCAUAAAAUUUUUAUAGAAUCUUCAGAGAUCUAUACUAAAAGGAAAAUUAAAUUAUAAUUGAGAUAUUGUAUUCUGUAUUCUCUUACAAACCAUCUAGAAUAGAAUCGUUUUCAAAGGUUCUGUGUAGUUUUUGAUGAAAAUGUUUAAAAUGCUUCCAAACCUGUCUUUUAAAUCUGAAGUACUGUAGUGUCAAAUUAAAAUUGUCAUACUGUGAUAUGAAGUUUGCAUUCAAAAAGCCACUUGAAGACUGUUUUAAAAUGAUUGUAGACUUUUUCACUCUAGAAAAAGUAGAUUAAUCAACACAGCCUUUUUAUUUUAUUCCAUGAUGAUUUCUUUGGAUCUCCUUCUAGGACAUCCCAUUUUAGAAUUUUAGAGCAGAAGUAAUAAUUAAUCUUGCUAACUUUUUUUUUGAUUUUGGGAAACCAGAACUAUUUUUGUUCCGAAUUGAAUGAAGCAUGGAGCUACUUGGUCAUUUCCAGGAUCAUUGUGAGAGCAAUUUUUCAUUUUUUACAGAACAGUAAUAAUAAAAAAUAGACCUAAUUAUUAGUAAGGUUUUCGUGUAGAUUCUAGUCAAUUUUUUCUAUAGAAUAUACUGAAACCAUGAUAGAUUUAGAACUGUGUCUUUCUGAAGGAAUGUGCUCACUUUCAUGAUUAUGUCUCUAACUGGAAGCACCAUUUGUCAUUCAUUCCCCCUAGCUUAAGCUAUUACCUAUUGUGAUUAAAACUUUCCAAGAAUUUUUCUGCCAGAUUUUGCCUUGUUUGUGGCAAAAAUGGUCUGAUGUCUCUGUGAUGUUAAUUUUUUUUUUACUUUUAAUUAUGUUUUUUAAGGUAUGUUAGUUGAUGCCAUUUUACUCAACCACAUUCCGAAAAGAUAUUUUGCAUUGGUAUAGCUUUGUUGAAAGGAACAGGGCUUACUCUGUUAUGUAUUGCCCCCGUACUGGAAGGUCUUUCAUUCAAUGUAACCGAUUAACUAUUCUUCACUUGCAGAUCUACUUUGAACCGAAGUUAUCACUUGGUUCUUAUUCUUAUUACUUAUGUUACUUUUAUGUUGAACCUUUUCUUGAUGUUGGCACAAAAUGAAACUAUGUAUGUAAGUCACUAGUAUUUUCUAUGUGUUAUGAUAUUACAAAUUUUUGUUAACACCAUGAGAAA